GCACUUGUGGUCACACUAGUCCGAGCUAAUGUUGUGCUAAAGUACUAUUUAAGACAGUUAAAUUUCAUUUAAAAUUCUUAAAAUACGUGUAAAAACGGCAUCGAAUUGACGCACCUAAAAUGGCAACUCGCGGCGGUCCAAUGGUCGCGGGCACCGACGGCAAUGACUUCGAAUUCAGACAAAAAGUGGCAAACACAUAUCAAAUUAGCUUGUUGAACAAAUCACGCCUGAAGUACUGCAUUUUCUUUCAUGCCCUGCUCUUCUUUGUCAUGCUGGCCAAGCUGACGUCGGACAUAUUGGAUCGCUUGGAUAUAUUUGUGCUAGAAAUUGAAGAGUUGGAGGUGCCUCCGCCACUGUGGUGGGAAUACGUAUGGGCUGCGUCGUUGCUCACCUCAUUUCUCGGACUGUCGGCGGCACGUGGCAACAAGGUGCGCGAUAUGCAAAAAUAUAUGAUUGCCAUUUUGACGCUGGCCAUGCUCCCGCUGCUUUAUUGCUUUGGCUACUACUUUGCCGACGUUUGGGAAUUCAUUACCAUGGACAAGUCCGUGGAUUUGGAUGAGACAGACAUUUUCGUCUGGCACGGAUUCCCAUAUGGAGUGUUCUGGUAUGCCUUCUGCUUUAUAGGCUUCCAGAUACACGGAUUCACCCUGUACUUUGCCUACAAUCUAGUCAAGGCCUGGAAGGCUCGCACCUCCACGCGUAAAUUUCAAUAAAUAAAUUGAAUCGUGGAAGUAGUACUAAAAUACUCGCCAAAUUAGUAAAAAACAGAAAACGUCAGAGCAAGAAGCUGUAGGGCUAGUUGUAAAUAACUUGGAAAAACAAAUUAUUAAAAACUUUAACUCUCUAGUGCACAUUGCAACCGAAAUAAAAUAAAAUAACAGCUGUUAGAUACACGCACACAUUUUUAGUAAAAUCAGACGUAAUAAUAUUUUCAGUAAAAUACAAAACGAAAUAUAAAACUACCAACGUUAAAGUUAUUGUUAAAGUUAUAAAGUUACACACACAUAUGAGAAAAAGCAAAAGAAAAAGUAUAUAAACAUAAUUAUCAUAACGAAUAGAUGCAAUACAAUACACGUACAACCUUAUAAAGUCGAGUCGACAAACAAUGCAACUGAAGCCACCAAAUUCCCAAGCAAACGGAAACAAAACUACAAGAUAUAAAACAUGAUUUUCUGUUUUUUGUGCUCUACUUACAUUUCGACGUGCCUCGUGUUUGUUAGAAACGGUUUAUAUACUUAUUAAAAACAAAAUACUUGUAAAAAUAUAUAAAUCUAUAUAUUGAUACAUAUGGAUGAGUACAUUUGACACUACUAUUAGUUUUAAAAGCAAAAACAAAAAGAAUUUCGAAAUGUUUUGUUAUGAGUUUUUGUUUUUUGUUUUAAAUUAUUCGACUACAUAAUGAUGUAAUGAUGAUGCACAUUCAUUCUACUUUCUCGCCGAAUGUUUGUGCCGAAUUUAUGUUAAAAACUGCCCCC